AUGGAACGCGACGCUGUCCUCAACAGGACGUCGAUCGACAGGUUGGACCCUAACGCAACCAGAGUAACUGUCUUCGGCAUUGUUAUUGCUAAACAGGCUGUUCGAUCCAUCGCUGCCAGCUCAGCGUCGUCGUCGUCGGGGGUCCGCAGCGGCAGCACGGAGCGCAGCGUGCUCAACUUCACGCUCCGCGACUCCCUGCGCGACACAGUGAACGCCGCCUGCUGGGGCGACGGGAGCCAAGUGGCGCAGGUGGCAGCCGUGUUCCGCAUCGGAGACUGCGUACGUGUGACCAAUGCCGUCGUCAGAAACCGGAAUAUGGCAUCCACCCAGGAGUUAUACUCACCUGAUGCAUCAAGCCCCUUCCACUUGGUGCUGAGCGUUGACCGUGAGCCCCGCAGCGAGGUGUCCAUCGCUGACGAGGAGGUGUUCCUGGAGCUCAUACCAUUGCUGCAGGUGCCUCUGCAUGAGGCCUCACAUGUCACCACACUCGCCGACCUGCUCUACUCCGGACACGAGAUGAAUGACAGGCACGUCUCCCUGCUUGUUGGUAUCCAGAAGGUUGGGCCUGUCACCCCGAUAUCGACCAAGGACGGCAGACAGGCACAGAAGGUAGACAUCACCGUGUGUGACCAAUCCCACAUUGGCUUCAAGGUGACAUUGUGGGACGACGAGCUGAUCCACCUGUCGCACUUGUGGAAGGCCAAGGAGACAGUGCUGUACAUCGCCGACGCACGGGUGCGACUCAGCAACGUGUUCGGGCUCACGGCGUCCGCCGACGGCAGAACAGUGAUCACCGUCAAUCCAGAUAUGCCCGAGGCAAUGGCACUCUUCGACUACAUCCAAGGCGUCGAUGUAGGCGAUGAUGCCGGCGAGGAAAUCUACGUGGACACGACGGUGUACACGGCCAGCCAGGUGAACCGCGAAGUGACCUCCAGGGCGCAGAGCGGCAACAUGACACCCUUCAGCGGCGUCUUGUUCGCCUUCCUGAACCAGUUCGACCUUGACGGACCUGGCGCACGCCUGGUGGCAUCACGGUGUGGUCACUGUAACUUCCGGCUGAGACCCGGCGAACCCCUGUGCACGAACGGGACAUGUCCCGUGGCUAUGGGCCAGACGGAACCGCAGUUCUCGGAAGAACUGGACAUCCCAGUCAUGUGGACGGACCACACGGGAUCAGUGGAACGGUCACGCCUGAGCGGACGCACGGCUGAGGGACUUCUCGGAAUCACGGUGGAGGAGUUCAAGGGCCUCUCCGAAAACGACCUCACCUCGCUCAAGUGGAACUUCUUGCUCGAGAGAUUCAAGGUCCAAUUCAAGGUGAACUUUGCCACUGGCACCUCCAACAGGGAUCCCGUCGUCAGGGUCGUUAGCGUCAGCCCUGCCAGACCGCAGGAGUUCUUGGAGAAAGUGUUCAACGUGCGAGUGUGAAGUGCAACUCCAAGGCGGCCGGCGUCGUUACCUUGUUUGUUUAUUUUCACGAAAGUUUGUGAUAUGCUGGUGUUCUGGCACAAGUGUAGUCGCCAGGAGCGAGACCAAUAAACUGGCAUUUAGA